AUGGCAGUUUUGUUUACAAAAAAACCCUCAGGUACUGUGCUCGUUACUCAUUUUGAAGUGACUUGUUUCUAACUUUUGUAUAGUCCCUACGUUCGCAGAGAUAGGUUAGGUCUAAAAUGUAUAAACUUUACAACGUCGAGAUUUCCAUUUACAAAACAUUUCAUCAUUAAGUUGUACCCAGUGAGAUGCCCAAAGCCCCGAUAGGUUUCAUUGAGCACAAGAAUUAGGACAAGCUUGGGUAUAGUAAGGAUUCAUUAAAUAUGGAAAUUAAAAAUAACGUUGUUUUAACAUUUCUUAGAAGCUACCUUAACAAUCUUCAUAAUCUUUGCAAUAUGUGGUUGCUCUUCUGGACAAUGUCUACGUAAAGAUUACCAGAAAAGCCGUUGUGAGAAUAUGAAUAAGGAACUUUCGAAAGGACAAAAACUUGUCAAAGACAUGAAAGAAUGUCUCGAAGGAGAGGUAAGGAUUUUCAAAGUAAAGGCAACUUUAUUUAUACUGGAUAGCUCUAUCCAGAGAUGUGAACUCAUGUUCUUCCUAAAGGUCUAGUAACGUCUGCAAUAUUCCUGUUGAAAAUGCUAACACUUAAAUAUUUUUCACAUAGUGCAUCACGAUAUAUGGAUUAUUAAACGAGAGAGAAUGCAAGGACCCGCCAAAGAAAGUCAUUCCUGGAUUUAAUGCAUUAAGGAUUAACAAAACCUUAACAGUAAGAUAAAACAUAUAAAACAUUCAGCCAGGUUUUGGUACUACAAUCUAUAUACUUAUAUUUGAUUUUAUAAUUGCAGGUCGAAAACUUCCUGAAGGAUAUCGCAAAAAGAAUUGUGAUCCAUAUAAUUCACAAUAAAGAUAUCAGACAGCAUUUUAAAAGUGUGAAAUGUUCCAAGGAGACUAAACUGGUCAAGUAUCAAUUGAACAGAAUGAAAAGCUGGAUCACAAUAACAGUAAGGAACAAUUCCUAUACCUCAGUUUAAAUACGAUCUUAAUUCCAACCCGUGCAGUUAAGAGUGCAAAACACUUAUCCUCAUGGUCAAAAUUAACCAUUAUAUACCAACUUGAUGCUUGUGAUGUUACUCUGAGUGUACAUCCACACCGGGCAAGCUUGAAAAAUAUGCCUGACCACGGUGGGAAUCGAACCUACGACCUUUGGAAUACUAGCCCAAUGCUCUGCCAACUGAGCUACGUGAUCACAAGCACCAUAUUCACCUGAGUACAUUACACCAACACAGAAAAAAAAUCAUGAUUAUUACAUUACAUUGAUAUCGAAGGAACUAGAUUCUGUUCCGAAAUAUCACAUACUCGAACCGACCAGACCGCGUAGCUCAGUUGCAUGGCAGAGCAUUGGACUAGUAUUCCAAAGGUCGUAGGUUCGAUUCCCACCGUGGCCAGGCAUAUUUUUCAAGCUUGCCCGGUGUAGAUAUACACCCAGAGUAACAUCACAAGCAUCAUAUUCACCUGAGUACAUUACACCAACACAGAAAAAAUCAUAUACCAACUUACCACAAUGGUUAGUAGUUCGCUUUUUUAAAGUUACUUUUAGUUCAGAUGUAUUCACUGAAUUACACUAUUUUCUCUUUUCAGCAACGAGAAUUAGGUUUCUCAACCGUAAUACAAGGUAGCCUGCCGCCAAAGCUUACUUCUACUGGAGCAAAGUCGUCCAAGGAUUGGUACGAUGUACAAAUACAAAUGUUGUUCAAUCUCAGCUUGGAUUUCAACGACAUGCGAGGAUAUUUUCAAAGUUCAACAAUGAACAAGAAAACAUGCAUCAUUCCAGCAUGUUAG